AUCUUCUGAGGGGAAGAGACAGACCCAGUACCUGUGGAUGUCACUGCAGUGAAGCAAGGAUGGAUGAGGAGUUGCCAGAUGGGGUUGUCUUCAAAGACCACAACUUCUCCUCCGACUUGCUGAGACAGCUCAACAGCUUAAGGCAAAGCAAGAUCCUGACGGAUGUGAGCAUCUGCUCAGGAGCCUGGGAGGUCCCUUGCCACCGCAACGUGCUGGCCUCCAGCAGCCCCUACUUCAAGGCCAUGUUCUGUAGUCACUUCCGGGAGAGCAGGGAGGCCAAAGUGCAGCUGCAAGGCCUCGACUCCACCACUCUGGAGCAGGUCAUCACGUAUGCAUACACGGGAGAGGUGCAUAUCUCUGCUGCCAACGUCCUCCCACUGAUGGAGGCAGCUGCCAUGCUGCAGUACCCCCGUGUGUUCGAGGCCUGCUCAUCAUACCUGCAGAGCCAGCUGACCCCCGGCAACUGCCUGGGCCUGGUCAGACUCGCAGAAAUCCUAAGCUGUGAGAGCCUGAAGAAGAAAGCCAGGGAGGUGGCCCUGACUUGCUUCCCAGAGGUAGCAGCAUCCGCUGACCUGAAGGAGCUCUGCGCUGCGGAGUUGAGACGCUACCUAGGAGAUGACGCACUCUGCGGAGAGGAGGAAGCGGUGUUUGAGGCCCUCAUGGCUUGGGUCAAGCACGACCUGAAGGCCCGGUGGCAGCACAUGCAGGAGCUGUUGCAGCAGGUCCGCUUGCAGUACAUCCACCCAGCCUUCUUCCACCACUUCAUCGCCAGCGAUGUGCUUCUCCAGUCCUCGCCCGCCUGCCAGGCCAUCCUGGAGACAGCCAGCAAGCAAAUAUUCUGUUUGUACAGCCCCAGCGCCCAGGACUGCGAACUUCUGCAGCACAUCCCCCCAAGGAGCUCCUACCAAGACUUCCUCCUCCUCCUGGGAGGGCGGAAGGAGAGCCAGCAGACCACCAGGGAUGUCUUGCUCUACAGUGUAAGGAAGGGUCAGUGGCAGAGCCUGGCCAAACUCCCUGCACGGUUGUACAAGGCCUCCGCCGUCACCUUGCACCGUAGUGUCUACGUGCUUGGGGGCAUGGUUGUCAGCGAAGGGAAGAGUCUCAUCAGUAGCAGUGUCUACAUCUUCUCUCUGAAGCUCAACCAGUGGAGGCUGGGGCGGCCCAUGCUGGCAGCCCGCUACUCUCACAGGGGCACCACCCACAAAAACUUCAUCUUCUCCAUUGGGGGCACUGGAGCAGGGCAGGAGCUCCUGGGCUCCAUGGAGAGGUACGACAGCGUCCGUGAUGUCUGGGAGAGCAUGGCUAACAUGCCAGUGGCCGUGCUUCACCCUGCCGUGGCAGUGAAGGACCAAAGGCUCUAUCUUUUCGGGGGUGAGGACGUCAUGCAGAAUCCUGUGCGCCUUAUCCAGGUUUACCACAUUUCCAGAAACACAUGGUUUAAGAUGGAGACAAGGAUGAUCAAGAACGUGUGUGCCCCCGCAGUGGUACUGGGAGAGAGGAUUGUCAUUGUGGGAGGUUACACGAGGAGGAUUCUUGCUUAUGACCCUCGGUCCAACAAAUUUGUCAAAUGUGCAGACAUGAAGGAGCGCAGGAUGCACCAUGGGGCCACAGUGAUGGGGAACAAGCUGUAUGUGACAGGUGGGCGGAGGCUGACCACAAACUGCAACAUUGAGGACUCAGCCUCCUUUGACUGCUAUGACCCCGAGACGGACACCUGGACGUCCCAGGGACAGCUACCUCACAGACUCUUUGACCACGCCUGCCUGACUCUCCAGUGCAUACCCCACACGGCCGGCCUCACAUGAAGGCCAUGGGAACUUAUCUUGGUUAAAACGCUGUGUGAUGCAAGAAAUUGCAACACAGCUCCAAAAGCCUAGAGCUGACAGAAGUCAAGACUACCACUCUCUAGAGUAGUUAAAAAAAAAAAAAAAGCCUGUGGAUGCUUUUCUAACUCCACCCCUACCUCUUGAACCAAUGCCAGAAAUUGCACUAGGAUAACUGGCAAGGUCUGUAUCACAUCCCUCCAGAUGGAAGUGGGGUUAAUUACUUGAUUGACAGCCCAAACUGCAUGGAAAAAACAGGAUGUUUCCCAGAGGAACAAAGAAUUAUGGACAUGAAAUAAAAAAGAAUUAUGGACAUGGAUGGAUGAACACACACACACACACAGUUCAUCCUUAACAUCCAGAAUGGGAGGGCGAGCCCAAGAGGACCCUUAGAAUCACUCAGGUCAGUUGUCAGCAUGUAAAACUAUUGUGGCUUGUGUCCCUAUAUUCUGUGGAUACGGUACAUUGAAAGUAGGCUCAAUUCAAUAGCUACCUAGGGUCUGUAAAAUUAUACUGCAAUGAAAAACAUAAGAGCAGAAAAAAAGCUUGCUUUUCCCAGAUGAUCUUUUAAAACGGCAGAAUUAGUGUGGGGUUUUAUUUCAGUAAGUGUUAUAAGAAUGACUUUUCUGGGGACAGCCAACAGAUUCCUCAGCAACAACAGCAACCAUUGCCCUCUGGAUAUCAGGGUUGUCCCUCCCUGUGGCCCCUUUACUUCCAAGUGCCCCUCAUACUCACUCAAUGUCAGGCCCAUGGAAAGCUGAAGUGCCCAUAAGAGGCUCUCAGUGAGGCCCAGAUGAUAUAUAAUCACAGGGAAGACAUUUGGAAACAUCACUGAGUCCCAUUCAAGAUGGAUGCACAGGGGUUCUCUGAAAAGCAUCCUAAGGUGACCCCCUCACUCAGCCUGGUGGAGAACGAGAGUCCUGCUCUGCCGUAUGCACGGAAGACCACCAUGGCUACUC